UAAAGCAUCUCCGAGGCAGGCACGGCACCGUUAGUUCGCUGUAGACAUUUUCCCGGCGCGGACGUGCGUUUACCGGUAAACCGUUUUGAACCGCUUUCGAGGCACACGACCCAAACGAGUGACGGGGACAAAAAAAAGUACUACCAGUAAUUCCUUUCCCAUUCCGUUUAUUCGGUUUCUGCGGUUUUCGGUGUCUCGCACUUUAAUUUCAUUAGCCCGACGGACCGACCCCCUCGCCAUACAGAGAGACAGAGAGAGAGAGAGAGAAAGAGACAGUGUGAGAGUGUGUGCCAGAAAGAGAGGCAAAUGUGGAAGCAGUGCAAAUAAUCAAAAGGCAAAUGAAGAAGAACGAUGGAUAGGUUGCCCGAAUAAGGAGAAUAACGGGGAGAUUGGCUUGCAAAUUUGAUGGUCAAACAAACAAAAAAAGGGACCAAAGAGGGUCUUGUGGCGCCCACAACACUGUGCUACAAAGUCUACAAAAAUAUAUAUCACAUUUCAGCGGUACAGAUGGACUAUAAUCGACCAUAAUCGAUAGAUAAAUGUUCAACAUGUGUCCAAUUGACUUUCAAAGUUUUAAUUAAGGAUCCAGCAGCGAUCCGCCACUCGCACACGAAAUCAGCCCCAGGACUCCGGCACGUGAAAAGCCAAUGAACUUAAUGACAACUUGAAGCGCCGAGCGCAGGAGGAGGACAGGACGCUGCAGGGCCCGUCAAGGAACACAAUGGGCGACCUGCAAGCCACCAUUGAAUUCUCUGUGGAGCUGCACAAGUUCUUCAAUGUGGAUUUGUUUCAGCGCGGGCUCUACCAGGUGCGUUGUGGCCUGCGCGUUUCACCCCGUCUUCCCGUUCAGGUGGAAACGAGCAUCCCGGAAGCGAGUGGCGCCAGCAAGCAGCAGAACGGUAAUUCCACGGACCAUGGCAGCAGCGAUAGCGACCGCGCGGAACAGCUGUCGCCAGGGGAUGCGCCGGGGGCCACCGUAAUCAAUGGAAGCGGCGCCUCGCGUAUCUUUCAGAUACUCUACCGCAACGAGGAAGUGCCCUUGCGCGAUGUCAUCCACUUUCGCAGCCAUUUACUGGUUGACAGCCGCCACCUGAAGGAAUCCAUUGAACGGGCAGAGUUCUCGCUGCAGUUGGAGCUCUGGUUUGCGGAACAGAAUGGCACCAGCAGCUUCAUCAACUCCGGCUCUGGUUCCUGCCUCACUUUGGCCUCCACAAGGACUCUGCAGCUGAACUUUCAUCCGGGGCGCGGCCUUCAUUAUCAUCUGCCGGUGCUCUUCGACUAUUUCCAUUUGGCGGCCAUCAGUGUGGGCAUUCAUGCCAGUCUGGUUGCCCUCCAUCAGCCCUAUAUCAAGAAAAGCAUGUUCUCAUAUAUGAAGUUCUGCGCCCCGCGCAGUUCGAAGCCCUGGAGUGCGGGAAAACUUAGUUGCCGGGGCAACACCUCGCCGGGACCCCUGGAGGCUGUGUUCUUUGGCCCACAAAUCGGUGGCACCACCAAAUGCAGUGGCGGUCCCGCUGGCAGACUCCUCCAGUCGCGGGCCAUACACAAGGAGAUCUGCUGCCUCCUGCUGGGUGCCGUGGAGCAGCUGAAGGCGACUCUGAAUGAAUUCAGCAGCGUUCUGCCGCCGAGCAUCAAUUCGCAGAUUGGAUCGCCGCCGCUGAGGGAGAACGAUACGGGGGAGCGGCUGCAGCUGCUCUUGGAUCAGGCCAAGCUCCUGGAGGCGGAGGAGGACUUUGCCAUCAGGGCCAAUUCGGACAUUGCCCAGCUGUGUGCGGAGAGCAUUUUCUGGUGGCGUCGCGUGCUGCUGGCCUCGCGCUCCUCCACGGCGGUGCACACGCUGCUGGCGCGGAAGCAUCACAUCCUGCGAGUGCGUCGCUUCGCCGAGGGUUUCUUUGUGCUGGAACAGCCGCGUCAUGCGGCGGCCGCCGGUUGCCAGGAGCAGGCCAAUGGCAGUCCCUCGCCGGGACACUGUCACGGGUACGUGGCCAUUGCGGAGUUGGCCCGUCGGAGUCGCUACCUUCAGUCGUUGCCGCCCCUUCCAGUGCACUGUACACCCAUCGAUGGGGAUGCCGCCUCGCUGCCACUGAUCUUCGAGGAUCGCUAUGUUACGCCGGGGAGCAGCUACUCCCGUCGUCGUUCCGGCAGUGAACCGCAGCUGGAGGAGACUUCCAUGGGACCGCAGAAGAAGAAGGCGGACAAAACGCACUCCAGCAGCAGUCUGAACGGGAUCAAGGACUGCCUCGCGUGCCACUUUGACUACGAUUAUCCGCAGAUGAAUGGCCCAGGGCCGGCCCAUCCGCAUGCCAAGUGUGUGGUCACGCCACGCUUCGCCCUCGGCGGAGAGGUGCUCCAGGCCAGUCUCACGAUUGCACCCUCCAAGGAGCUCCCCGCCGUGGCGGCGCCGCCACCAACCGCCGCCAUGCGUCACAAUCUGUCGAGGCACUCGGUCACCGGGCUGCUGGAAGAUCUUGAUCUGGAUGCCGCCAGUGUGCCACAGGCCAGACAUAGCAAGUCCCUUGAUCAACUGGAUGGCUGUGAGGCUGCUCCAGCGCCCCCUGCCAGCCACAGCACUCUGCCACGCCUCCAGGCGGACGAUCUCAUGCGGAACAUUUGCGAAUUUCGGCAACGCUACGGAAAGAUCGACUAUCUGCACGAGAUUAAGCUGCUGAAUCCUCCCAAGCAGCACCAGCAGCAGCAGCAGCAGCCGGGGGCGUACAAUUCCCUGCCCAAGUCGAUGGUGCCGCCGCGCAACUCCUACCCACCGCCACCGCCCACGCAGCACACAACGAUGCCCAGGAGCAGCUCCUCGCAGAUACCCCGUGCCGUGGAGAUCGCUCGCGUGCGCGUGUCGGACAUCAAGGAGAUGCUGCGUCAGGGACAGCUGCGCAAGGAGUCCAGCAGCUCCGAGAGCGACAUCAUGCAGAAGCUCCAAAUGCUCUCCUCCAACAGUGUGCCGUACCGCCUGGACGCCACCACCACAACAAUAACAACGAAUGGGAGUGGCAAUGGGAAUGGCAAUGGCAAUGGCAAUGGCACCAGCAACAACAACACCACCAGCAGCGAUCCGAAUACGAGCGGAUUCAGCGAAUCUCUGCCCAAUCUGGCACCUCCGCCAGAGUUCGAUUCGGACUCGCUGCGACGACGGCAGCGCAGCAACUCCACCUCGUCGCUGAGCGAGGAGAGCGGCUGGGUGAGCAGCCGGAGGAGUUCGCUUGCAGCCUCCAGUCCCGAUACCAUUACCAGCACGGGCCUGACCACGCGACAGCGGCACACACAGCUCAAUCUGGGCAUGGGCAUGGCCAUGGAGACGCGUUUGAAUGGGGAGCAGCUGCGUCUGCGACUGCAGAAGGUCCUGGAACAGCAACAGCAGCAACAUCCCCACAAGACACGCAAGCGGCAGGCGGCCGGAGGAGCGGGUUCCAGCAGUCAGAGUCGAACGCCUGCACGCCAGCAGCAGCAGCAGCAGCAGGAGAUGCACAAGAAGACCUCCUCGGUGACGGUAACCAUCAAGAGGGAGCGCUCUCGCUUCCAGUUGGAUCGACUGCGUCAUCUGCCCAACGGCGAGUCCACGGAGAUGGAGGAAAUGGAGCCACCGCCGCGACGCAAUCGCCCCAGGCAUGCGAACAAGUACGAGAAGUCCAAGUCGGAUUUCGAUAUCACCAGCCUGAAGGAUAUGCAGCCGCUGGAUGCCGUUUGCCUGCCACCGCCGCAGCAGUUCCAGGAUCAGGAGCAGGAGGUGUUAGCCCUGGCCCUAACGCUGGCUCCCCCGCCACCCGAUGAGUUCCGAGAUCCGCCGCCAGAGCCAGCUCCAACCACAGCUCAUGUGGCCGCUCCCAUUCCCAUUCCGAUUCCAAUUCCAAUUCCGGCUCUAACUGCCACACCACUUCCUGCGCCCAGAACCAAACUGGUAGCAGCGCCGCCGCUGAAGGAGCGCCAACCGGUGGGGGCCAUCGAUAAUCCGGUGUACCACAUCUACGAGUCACUGCGUCCCAUCUCCACGCCGGCCAUCUUCAGCAACAAGCCCGUUCUGAAGUCCCACAGCCUGGCAGAGCUGAAGCGUCCGCAGAACCUUCAGAAUCCACCACCCAAUGUUCAGUGCAAGACGCAUCAUGGGCAGGAGAACGGAUUGGAUGCCGCCGAACAGGAUGAGAACAAGGAGAACGCCCACUCGCACGGGCCCCCGGUGCGCGGCAAAACCUCAACGGUGGGCACAAACACCAGCACGAAGCACAAGCGCAAGGGACAGCCAUCAGCUGCCUUGCAGGAGGCGCCGCCAAGCAUCUCCCUGUUGGAGUUUGAGAAGUACCGCGAGGAGUUCCGCAAGCAAAUCAAGUACCAGGGCACCAUCUACUCGGACUACGUGCAGCUGGCCUCGGAGCUGCCCUACUUCUACAUCAGCGACGAGUAUCGCGCGUUCUCCCCGAACGGCAUGCACUUGGUCAUCUGCGUUCACGGAUUGGAUGGCAAUUCCGCUGACCUGAGGCUGGUGCGCACAUAUCUGGAGCUGGGUCUGCCAGGCGUAAAUCUGGAGUUUCUCAUGUCAGAGAGGAAUCAGGGCGACACCUUCUCGGACUUUGACACCAUGACUGAUCGGCUGGUAACCGAGAUACUCUACCAUAUCGAUAGCUGCGCCCUGAAUCCAGCACGCAUCUCGUUUGUGGCCCACUCUUUGGGCACCAUCAUUGUGCGCAGUGCCCUGGCCCGUCCACAGAUGCGCCCACUGCUGCCACGACUGCACACCUUCCUCUCGCUCUCCGGACCGCAUCUGGGCACGCUCUACAACACCAGCGGACUGGUUAAUAUGGGCAUGUGGUUCAUGCAAAAGUGGAAAAAGUCGGGAUCUUUGCUGCAGCUCUGCAUGCGCGAUACCACGGAUAUGCGCAACAGUUUCCUCUAUCGCCUGAGUCAAAGGAGCACGCUGCAUCAUUUCAAGAACAUCCUGCUGUGCGGUUCCAGUCAGGAUCGCUAUGUGCCGGCGCACUCGGCACGCCUGGAGCUGUGCAAGGCAGCCAUGAGGGACAGCUCCACACUGGGCACCAUCUACAGGGAAAUGGUGCACAAUGUAAUUGCUCCGAUAUUGGCCAGACCCGAACUGACGCUGGCCCGCUUUGAUGUGCACCAUGCGCUGCCACACACCGCCAAUACGCUGAUUGGCAGAGCCGCACACAUAGCAGUCCUGGACUCGGAGUUGUUCAUUGAAAAGUUCAUGCUUAUUGCUGGCCUUAAGUAUUUUAGUUAACCAGUUCGCUGAUCAACCUACAGCAUGCAUGCCCCUCAAUGGGCGG